AUGACUAGUCUUGAGAGCUCUGGCACAAGGAGAAGCUCUCUUCCUGAUUCGGCAUUGGGAUCAAUACUUACAUCUCAGACGAUGCCCGUGUCUUCAACAUCUGAGAAAAAAGCCCAUAAAGUCCGACUUUUAAAAAACGGUAUUGCGAGACCAACAAUAUAUGAAAAGCAAUUUGGCGAGUCCCUCAAGUUCAGAUCGGCUCAAUUGGAGAAGGUUAUGGAUAUGGGCCCUGCAGAUUUGGUGCACAUAUCACGAUAUCACAGACAUUCAAAGCAGGAGGAGGGCGAGUAUCAUUACUGCAUUGGCAUAGACACAUCUUCUUUGAUUCAGCCCUUCAUAUAUCUGCAGACGGUGGUAUUGAGUGAAAAAUCAAAGGGCACCGAAAAGCAUCCCGAAAUCGGCACAUACUGCUGUUACAACUGCUUUCGGCAUGGUGAUUUACACAUCAGGCAUUCGUUCCCCGGUGCAGCGGCUCCAUUGGUCCAAUUUUUCCCCUGCGACAGCAAGAAAGUCAUGAUAACACUAAAUACCGAGGAAACAGACUUGGCUGGAUCCAUUUGGAGGGAGACUUACGUUUCAGGACUCGUAAGGGCAAUUCUAUUCUCCGAUUCCAUCGAGCGACAACUUCCCGGAAUGUGCAAAUUCAACCCGGUUCCAUCAACUAAGGAUGCCAAAGAGGCUGUCAACCUAAUGUGCUCCAUGUUACCAAAGGGUCCGAUACUUGGAUGCAACGAUAUAACAAACAGCCCGACUCUUUGCGAGAACUAUCUUGUGGAGGCCCUUUUGCAGUUGUUGAAGCUUGUGCAACUUCACGAUUUGGCGUUGCAGAACAUAGAAUCGUUGGAAGAAAACAGCCAGUUUGACUUUUCGGUGUUGAAAGCUCAGAUCUUGCUUGAUAAAGGCGAGCAACAGAACGCUGUUAGAUUAAUGUACGACGUCCUAAAGACGCACUCGCGAAACGGGUGGAUGCUACAAAAGCAGGCAGAGUUUUUGCUUGGCAAGAACAGACCAGAUUUGGCGUUGAUCCCUUCAAUGAAAGCUGUCGAGUGCUUGCCCACGGAAUUUAGAUGUUGGCGGACUUUGAUCAAGACAUACAUCCUCCAGAAAGAUUUCAAGAAUGCACUUCUCACGCUGAACUCCUCGCCAAUGUAUUCAAACAGGAAGAAGGACACGUAUCCAGCCUUAAAGCCCAAAGAUUUCAACUUUCUGUAUCCUUCAGAAGGUAAAAUACCAAGCGUGUGGCAGGACUGCGAGACAUUCGGCUGUAUAUCCGGGUAUGGAGGUAUUGUGGAGUUCUCACCGGCCAAUCAGAUCAACUCCUUGUCUCCUCUGCAUGCCGAGGUGUACGAGCAGACUAAAUUACAGGCCACAUUUAAAGAAGCAUACAAUCUUUUGGCAAUAAUGACCAGACAGCUUGGUUGGACAGAGCUUCUUCGAAUCAGAUCCGAGAUUUUUGUCAUGGACGAUGAGUACAAUGCAUCGGUUGAAAUGGAGAAAAAGAAAGAGCUGGAUCGCAACCUUGCCGCACAAAGGGCCACCGGCUUAGAACUCAAGGCCAGAAUUGAUGGCAGCAGCAGCAACUCAUCCACAAAUGGCACCAGCGGCGAAACAACAUCGAGAAGCACAAGCAAGAACUCUGCAAACUCGCUUUCACGGAUAUCGACAAGGUUCAGAAAGAAAUGGCUGAGUGAGCGUUGGCUUGAUUCGCUAUUCUUGAUAUUCUACGAGAACAUGAAGAGUGUUUUGAUAUGGGAGAACGAAAGGCGCGGCCAGGAUGAAAUUGAGCAUUCUGCCUUGGAGUGGGAGCUCAUUGGCAACGAGUGCUUCGAUGUUCAUCAUUACGAAAGUGGGGUGGUACCUUUUCAAACCUCACUGGGUGAUCGCUUUAGCGUGUUUGGAUGCAUAAGGCUUUUGAGGUAUUACUUGUUGUACACGCAGAAUCUGCAACAGUUCCGGAUUUUGAACAGGUACGAUAAGAUGAAGAUUUCAAAGUAUAUCUUGCGUCAGCUUAUGAAUUUGACUGACAGCGAUUCGACAUUCAUCAAAAGCAAAAUUGCCGUUUUGUUUAGCGAGGAGAAGAGUGUUGAUAAAGAGGGUGAUAAACUGAUGUCACCUAAAAAGGAGGGCAGGAGAGCCAGCAUGGAGAGAUGUAGAGGUGUUUCUGUGAUUGCAGAUCGUCUUAUUGCAUGGUUAGAACAGUUUAAUGAUUGA